AUGCGCACUAAGGCGGUUAAUCGCCACUACACGAGCAUGUCUGGAAAAAAAACAGCGUCUCUCUGUGGGCAAAUAAAAUGAAAUAAGCAACGAGAAUACUUGCAUAUGACCCACUUUCAUUUGAGAUUGAUACACGAUAAGAUGAUUAUCUUCAAGAAGACAAUACACAAUAAUAAUAGCAAAAUAAGGCCAUUAGUAGGGUGGCGUUAAAGCGACAAAGAAAACGAUGUUUAGCAGAGGUGGCUAACGUUAGCUUGCAGAGCAGCAAAUUAAAUGCUACCUGAGAGCCUGUCUCUUAAGUUUUCAUUGGGAAUUUGUCUCGCCUGGUCUUCAAAGCAAUGGCUUCUACUCCACGACUGCAUGCAUCCUCCAGCUGUCCAACUGGCCGAAUGAUCCAUAAAUUGCUGGCUGUGUGUGGAACCACAACCCACAUGAAAAACGACCUCCUCCUCCUCAAGCCUGAAGGACCUCAAGUCAACAAACAUCUGGUCUUCUUCCACGGAGACAUUCAGAACUUUCAAGAUGAGAUGGUCCUGCAGCCAGAGGGUGUCCAAUGGCUGUCCUGGAGUCUGGAGCAGGUGGCGAUGAUGCUGGGUGCUCGUUUCCCUCAAGACCACAUUUGGGUGAUACGAGCGUCACGCAUGUACUUACACAAGUUCAGCUCCUACCACAACUUUGUAGAGAGUAACUUGUUUGGAGCACCACAACACGCUCCAUACUCACACAACGCUGGAGCUCUUCGCCACCUCAGGGCGCUGCUGAGCCACGCUAUGGCACGAGCCGGCCUGCCGAAUGGCUUCCAUCCACAAGGAGACACUGCCAGCAUCCCAGCAGGGUUUUCUUUGACCGUAGUAGGUUUCAGCAAAGGCUGCGUUGUCCUAAACCAGAUGCUGUGUGAGUUGGGCGGCGCACGGGCAGACCGACAGAUGCGGGACUUUGUCCAAAGCAUCUCGAACAUGUUCUGGCUGGACGGUGGACACCCAGGAGGAAGUGAAACCUGGGUGACAGACAAGCAAGUGCUACGCCAGCUGGCCAACAGCGGAAUUGGCAUCCACGUACAUGUUACCCCGUACGAGGUGCGUGACCCCAUGCGGGCUUGGGUCGGUCGUGAGCACAGAAGCUUCAUCGAGACCCUAGAAGAGUUUGGAGCAAGUCCAUUCCACAAAAUCCACUUUGAAGAUGAACCACCUUCGCUUGAAAAUCACUUCAGGGUCAUCCAGGACUUCUGACUAAUUAAGUAAAGUUGCAUGUGCUAAAAAAACAUGUAUAUAUAUGUUAUGUGUCUGCUCAAAGCUUGUCAUCUAAAGAAUCUACAAAGGAUCAUUGAAUCUUA